AUGGCUGACAGCAGUCUGGGGAAGAAAGAGCGGAGGAAAAGUCUGAGUGUGUUUAGCCCGUCGACGACCUCGUCCCUAUCCGGCCUCGGUACCCAUGAUCGAUCUCCAUCCGACGAUGUCCAAGUGGUGAAGAAGAAACGACGCAAUUCGGGAUUCUUUGGUGGUCGGAACCCUAGUCCGCCCGGACCAAGCCAUGGCCUUCGGCGCUCCGGAACGGCCGAUACGAACGCUACUGCAUACGCCGCGGCGAUGCCCAAUGGGGCUUUCGAGGCGUCUCGUCCCCGACGGAAGUCGAUACAAAAGAAACGGGCCUCCGUCUUUGGAUCUCUUCGAUCAUUUCACUCGUUCGAGGACGAUGACCGGUCGCUAGGCCGCUCGAAAACUUCGCCAUCUAUGGACGAUGACGAGGCCUCCGAUUCUCGACAAGGCAUUGGAUCUAUAAUCUUACAUCAUGGGGAGAUCCAAACCACCGGCGGCAUGUGGAGGAAAAAGAGCCAGUAUCUCGUCCUGACCGAUACCCACCUCGUCCGGCUGAAAAGCCAAACUAAAGCAGCGGACAUGUUUCCCUCAAUCCCGCCGUCCUAUGCCCGGUCCGGUCCGAGCAAUCGCCAGUCCAUAACCUCGAUCAGUUCAUUGGGGGAUCCACAACUCUCCACUACAAGCGAUUCGGCUGCGGGAAUCCCGCUGAAUAGCAUUAUCGCCGUGUACAUGUUGGAUGAUGGGAAACCCUCCUCCACGGUGGAGGUGGCAUACCUAGACGAGCGGGCUCACAAAGCAGCCUUCAUCCAAAUGCAGACGCCUGAUCUGCAGGAACUCAACCUGUGGAUGGUUGGAAUUCGUUCUGCAGCCGAACUAAUUCGACAGGGCAACCCUCUGCCUUUUGACCAGCGAUCGAUUGAAUAUGUCGUAAGGAUGCUCGAGUACGAAAGAGACUAUGAUCCGGAGACCUUUCGCAUUUUUCGUGUCAUUCAGAUGGCUUGCAGCAAGUCGCAGGCGCGGACAUCCUCAGAAGAUCUUACCAAGCUAUCCCCCACCGGAUGCUAUCUUGCCCUCGGUUCACAUAAGCUCCAUCUAAUUCCUCUCCAAAAGGUCUCCAACCGCGGCUCAGCCGUGUCCUUAAGCGACCUAGACAACGCAACAUCGUUCGGACUGAUGAAUUUGACCUGCUUGUCCAUGGAGUACGGAGAUGAUAGUCUGCACCUGACCUUUCGAAUACCCCUAUGUAAGCCUUUCUCGGUCUUCCUAGCGUCUGUCCACUCGCUCGAGGUCGCCUUUUGGAUACGGCAACAAACGGAAUUUUUGCGGCCUCUCUGGGUCAGACAACCCUAUGAUUUCAUCGUGCCUCGCGAUCUGGGUAACGAAUCUAACUUCCCUCCGGUGGAUCUAAAUGAGGAUUAUGGUUGCUUUGACCGAACACUAGUUGCCUACUCGGCCAGCUAUGAUAUCGAUACCUCCAACAUUCGUUAUACGAUUGAUGUGCAAUGUGAUGACGCUCCGUGCUUCAAGCUUCUACCGCCCGCCUCACCAUCACGCCGCAAGUACACAGCCUUGGAACUGGUUGCAGUAUUGCGAGCACUGCGGUACAAUGAAUCGUUCCGGUCUAUCUCAUUCAGCGGCGUCAGCUUGGAUGCACUUCAAGGUCUUCGUGACUACCAUGGCCUGGAUAAAGAUAUGCUUCUCAGCCGUGCAGGCGCUCCAAUUCACAUUACAGGUCAAGAGAGUCUCUCGGUUCUGUCCCAGGAGAUCCGUGCCCUAACGCUGAAGAGCAACUGGCUUCGGCGCUUGGACUUCUCUAACACUCUAAGCCGAACCCCCAAGUCCGACAACGAAAGCCAUGAUCCGGGUUGCGGCAUACCAGAGGCGAUCUUUCCGAUAUGUCGCCGGGAGCUGACAAGUGUUGAUUGGGUUGUGCUGAACGGCAUCAAGCUAGGGGACUCGGAUCUCGAUUACCUCGUAGACGCAGCUUCCCAAGGAGCAAGUCAGAUGCGAGCGUUAGAGGUAGGCAAUUGCGGCUUAUCGGUUCACGACCUCGACCUGUUACUUUCCACCACCGUUGCUCAGGCUCACACGCUGGAAGCAAUCAAUAUUUCAGGCGUGCAGGGCCGACUGAGCCCUGAUAUCCUUCAACAGUAUCUUGGCUACUUUAAACGGGUCAAGAAACUUGACUUAUCACGUAUCUCCAGGACGUCGGGGUCCGAUCCGUUGAUAACUGCGGAGACCUUGAUCAACUGGCAUCUUGAGGAGCUCUCAUUGAGUCGGACCAAAGUAAACCGGGAGACGGUGGAUGCAAUUGCUACCUACCUGGCCAGUGAUCGAUCGCGAGGGUUGCGUGUGCUUCGUCUUGACCAAUGUGGGCUAACAGGGCAAGACGUGGCUAUCCUUUUACAUUCAUCGGUGGCUUCAGAUUGUUCUCGCGACCUGCAUUUACACGUUAAUGAGAACCGACUGGACUUAGGGUGCUCGUUUCUCUUCGACGCACUCGCAAAAAGCAAGUCGCCGCCUCAUCUAUCUAUGCGAAUGAUCGACUUCAAAAAGGAAGAGCAGUUUCGAGACUUAGUCGAGGCUUUGCGCAAAAACCGAUCCCUGAAGUAUCUUGAUAUCUCGAAAGCAUCCCUGCCGUACGAUGCAGGACCGGAAACGUGCAGAGCAUUGCAGUUAAUGUUCGAAGAGAAUGAGACGUUGGAAGACUUGGAUAUCAGUGGAGAAAGUGCCCACCUAGAUGUGGCGAGAUUUGGCAUUGGUCUCAAUCUAGCACUGACUGGUCUGAAGAAGAACAGGUCCUUGAAAGUGCUGAGAAUCGAACACCAAAAACUGGGGUUACAGGGCGCAAAUACACUGGCCUCCGUACUGGAGGAGAAUGACUGUCUUCGUGAGGUCUAUUGUGAAAACAACGACAUCAACUUACAGUCGUUCACCGUUCUAGUUAACGGCCUGCAGCGGAACAAGUCUCUAUUGAGUCUAUCAUACAUGGACCGCGAUAGGAUUCACUCACUUGACAAGGUGCGCCGCGAGGUUGAAAGCGUCAAGCGUGAUAUGGGUGUCGCGCAGAGUUCCACUACGAGUACUAUCCGUCGAUCACUGAACGCGGCAAAACAUGCGACAGUGGGACAUAAAUCAAGUAAACACUCGCAUGCGUCGGGCCACCUUCGCUCCGGGGUCUCUAUAUCCAACAAUCUGGCAGCUGCCGAAACCUCACCUUUCCUACACCACGACAUUGAAGUGAUCCUGCAAUCGCUGAAUCUGAAAUGGGACGCGGAGGUUUCUCGCCUACGUCGUUAUCUAUUCCGGAACUUCAACGUGGCCAAUGGAAUUGAGGUUGAAACUGCUGCGCUUGACGGCGAUGAUGCUGCCAGCGACGGGCGCCCCAACACGGCAGCGAGCCUCGCGACGAUGCUGGACAACCUGAAAUUCGACGUAACAGUAUCUGAACAGGAAAUUCAGCCAAGGCCGCAAACAAAUACACAACCGUCGCCAAAGGCAAGCCAGCCCAACGAAGCAAGCCAUCUAGACAUUUUCCGAAGUCUCGACACGGAAACCAACAUACAAAUUGAGCCCAGAAUGCGCCCACAGACAGCUCCUUUCUCUGUUGAGUAUGCACCUCAGAUUUUACCGUCGGAUUACGCCAGUUCUAGUGGGCCUUCGUCACGGCUAGCAGUGCCGGUUCCUUCUAUGCCAUCCGUCAUCAGUAAAUCCAGCAGUGUUCGCAGUGCCCGCAGCUCCAGUACCGUUUCUACCAGUGCGGGUACAGCUGCGAGUGCCCGCAGCUCAUAUGGCACAACUUCGUCGACGCUAAGAGGAAUUCUUUCGGGAGGCGCAUCAAGAGAGCGCAGACGGACGGAAAAAAUGAGGCCCGGAGCUGUUUGCGUUUCUCGUGACAGACCGCCGACGUUGCAAUGGUCACCGCCCAAACUUGACCUAGGGGACUUUCGAUAG